AACAGCCGGUUACCCAAGUGCUUUCUUUCCCCCUUGCUUUCCAGCAUUUAGGGGCAGACAAGCUGGAUUAUAAUGACUGCCACGGCUAUGGCCAGCAAUGUGCAGAAACUUUCCAACACCAAAGAGGAAAGGAAGUUAAGAAAGCCUCUGAUUGAGCGAAAGCGAAGGGAAAGGAUUAACAACUGCUUGGAGCAACUGAAGGAAGCAGUUGUUGGUGCAUUUUGUUUGGACCAGUCUAAACUUGAAAAAGCAGAUAUCCUUGAAAUGACAGUAAAGCAUCUCCAGAAUAUCCAAAACAACAAGAUCAUGGCAGAUUCCAAAGUGGGUCUCGAAGCUCAGCAGAGGUACAGCACUGGAUAUAUUCAGUGUAUGCAUGAGGUUCACAACCUUCUCCUGACCUGUGAAUGGAUGGACAAGACUCUUGGGGCACGAUUAUUAAAUCAUCUCCUGAAAUCCUUACCCAGAUCCAGCGAGGAGACCUGCAAAGCAGCCUUAAGGUCCUUGCCUCCUGCUCACCAGUCUCACGCAGUGCAGAAAUCCCCUAUCUGCAAUAAGGGGAAUACCUCAGGGUCAAGUCCAGCUCAGGACCGGUUCUAUCCUGUGGAGGAAAAACAAGCUUUGAAAAAUUCAUUUCAACCACAAUCACUAUCUCUCUUUAGUCAGCCUGAUGUGCCACCUUCCAGCCAGAUCCUGCGGCCAAAUUUUUCUCAUAAUAACCCUAAUAUGGGAUCAUUAGAUAUGUGGAGACCAUGGUAAAAUGUAUUUUAUAUUUCCCCUUCUAAUCUUAGACACUUCUAUAUGUAUCUUAUAGAUAUGCCUCUUUAAAACACCUGUGGAGCAAAUCUGUUCCUGUAGGUGUACUAAAGACCAGGGUACUUCAAGCCGAAGUAAACCUAUACGUAGCCUGCAUUAUAGAAGGCUGCUAUUAUUUUGUAUUUAUUUAAUACAUAUAAAUUAUUGUAUAGAACCUCUCUUGGGCUUUUACUGUACAUUAAUUAUAUAACUUUCUUAUGUUAUUAAAAGAAUUAACAUCUA